AUGGCUUUGCUGCCACUGAUAUUACUGAUGCUGCGUUGCAUGAGCUGCAGUGGUGCCAACUACAGACAGAAGAGGGAAUGGCUCAUCCCCGCAAUUAUGCUAAAGGAAAACCAAAACUACAUGAACUCCAGCCACAUCGCAAGGAUUCGCUCUGACAAGGACAUCACUGAGCCGUUGUUUUACUCUCUGCGUGGAGCCGGUGCAGACAAAAGGCCGUACAACAUCUUCUUUGUGGACGAGAAAAAGGGGCUGGUGUACGUCCGAGGAGUUCUGGACCGAGAGAAGAUAGAGAUGUAUACGCUGACAGGAGAGGCCCGCUUCGCUAACAACACUUUAGCCGAGAGCAUCACUCUGCGGUUUAUGGUGGAGGACGUGAAUGACAACGCUCCAGUGUUCGCCAGUGUGCCUCCUACGUCAGUGAACGAGAGUAGCCCCGCAGGAACUUUUGUGACGACAUUCUCUGCAGAUGACAAAGAUAAAGCAGGGACUCCGAAUGCUAUGGUCAACUAUACCAUUAUCAAACAGGAGCCUGCGGAGGACAAACAUCAUUUCUACAUUGACGAAACCACUGGAUCUAUCUACGUCAAAGAAGACUUGCUAGACAGAGAGAGGCAGGACUCCUACACACUCACAGUUAAAGGAGUCGACUUGGCUGGCGCUCCAAAUGGAAAAUCCGGAACAGGUACAAUUGAAAUAAAAGUGCUGGACAUCAAUGACAACGUCCCCACACUGGAGAAGGACACGUAUAAUGCAGAAAUCAAGGAGAAUGUUGCCAAUGAGGAGGUGAUGAGGAUCAAAGCUGUGGAUCAAGAUCUGAAGCCCACAGAUAACUGGCUUGCUGUGUUUGACAUAGUGUCUGGAAAUGAGGACGGAAUAUUCAGCAUCAAAACUGAUCCAGACACCAAUGAAGGCAUCCUCAUGUUAGAAAAACCAGUGAACUUUGAGAUGAACCCCGACAUCCAACUUGGCAUUGUCGUGGCCAACGCCGCUCCAGGGGUGGGGCCAGCUGACGGCGGACUGGACCUUGGACUGGACCUCGGGCUGGACAUGGGUGGAGGAGGGGAAGGGGGAGGAGAGGGAGAGGGGGAUGGGGGAGGAGACGGUGGGGGAGACGGUGGGGGAGACGGGGGAGGAGACGGUGGGGGAGACGGGGGAGGAGAUGGAGAGGGGGAAGGCGGCGGUGGGGGAGGUUUGGAUUUGGGAGCAGGAGGAGCAGGAGGAGCAGGAGGAGCAGUAGGGGCGUCGGGAGCAUCGGGAACAUCAGGAGGUCCAGGACCAGCUGGAGGGUUAGGGUUAGGGGCACCUGGACCAAAUCUUGGGCUUGGGGCUGGAGCUAAAGGAAAGCCACAACAAAGAUGGCCGAAGAAAAAGAAAAGAAAACCAAAAGGUAAAGUGUAUGCAGUGAACGUUGUGGUGAAAGAUGAGCAAGAGAGCGAUUCCUUCGAACCAGCAGUACUGAACGUCCGAGUGUCGGAGAAUCCUGAUGAUCUGCCAAAGAACGGGGUCAUAGCAAUGUACCCCGCCAUAAACGCAGACACUGGAAAACCAUCUGAGAACGUCAAUUAUGCCAAAGUAUUGGACCCUGAAAACUUAUUGCUGAUCGACCCUACUACAGCAGAGAUCAAACUUCAGAAAGCUCCGGACAGAGAGUCUCCGUUUGUGGUCAAUGGGACUUACAUUGCCAAGAUCAUCAGUAUAACAAAGGACGUGCCCUCACAGACUUCUACAGGGACCAUAGCUCUGCGCGUCCAGGACACUAAUGAUAAUUGCCCCUCGCUGACCUCAGCGGUGGAGCACAUCUGCUCAGACGUCCAGGAUGUGCUGAUCACAGGAAAGGACCUGGACGGACCCCCAAACGGAGCCCCAUUCACUUUCAAGCUAGUUCCAGAGAGGAGCCGAGGGGAGUGGGAGAUCCAGCCCAUAGACGAUACCAAUGCCAACCUGCAUGCCCUGUCUUCGCUGUGGCCUGGGGAGUAUGAAGUGGUGAUCCUGGUUUACGACCAGCAGGGUCUGUCCUGUCCGGAGCCCCAGACUCUGAAGGUUCAGGUGUGCUUGUGUGAGGGGAGCGAGAGCUGCAGCGGAGGCGCUGUCCGAGCUGCGACGGCCGCAGAAGAGCCUGAGCUGGGUAUCGCAGGCCUGGGGGCUGCAGCCGUGCUGCUGGCUCUGCUUGCUCUGCUCAUCGCCGCUGCACUGCUGACCACCUGUCAGUCUGGAUCGACUCCCGCUGGAUUUUUAGAGAUUCCUUUUUUCAAUGAAGAUCACCUCAUGGUCUAUCACACAGAAGGCCAAGGAGAGGCUAAGGAAUUUCCUCUGCUCAGCUCUCCUGUUCACAUGGCAGCAGCAUCGAACGGGAUUUCUCAGCACGUGAUCACUUCCAAGUCGGUCAGGACCACAGCUGCAGCCAACACCUUCUCUGCUUUUGGCGGACACAUGAAUACAUACGAAGCCGGUGGGGGGUUCGGCAGUUGCGCAAGGAUACAGAAGAGCAGUUUCGGGGAUUCAGAGCAGAGCCACGGAGAUGCGUCUGCGAUGGCUGAGGAGAGGUUUCGAGUUCAAAGCUUCGCUCUACCUGAUGUGUUUCUCCAUCAGUUCUAUGCAGAAAAGUCCAAUGAUACUGCUUUGAAGGAGAGCACGCGGGACAGCCUGUUGGUUUACCAGUUCGAAGGUCGAGGCUCUGCAGCGGGAUCCAUCGGCUCCUGCAGCUUCAUGGAUACUGAUGAAGAUAUUGAUUUCUUUGAAAACUUGGGGCUCAAGUUCAAAAGGCUGGCUGAGAUCUGUGCUCCAACUAUGCCUCUCUCUCCUGCAUCCAACACAACACUGGCCAGACCUAUUCCUCCUUCAGCAUCUCCAAGUCCACGAUCGCCCAACAUGCAAGGCUACGUGCUGCUCAAUAAUGGUUUGGAAUCCAUGGAGCACUUAGUUUAUCCAGGGCCACAGGCGAUGCCACUCGGACGGAGACAGAACAGAAUCUGCAGAGACCUAGAGAAGAACCAAGACCUGCAGGACCGGGAGAUAAGACAAGCCUUGAGAUCCGUGGAGAGGGCAGUCAUGGCAGGCUGCUCCCGUCGACAGGUGCUGCUGGUGCUGCUGAUGGUCUUUCUGACGCUGGCUGUGUUACUGCUCUACAGUGAAUCAGCAAAACCACAGAAGAGGAAGAAGAGAGAAUGGAUCAUCCCUCCGUCCAAACUGAAGGAGAACCAUGACUACACAAAAAAAGAGUACAUCGCAAAGAUCCGCUCUGACAGGGACAGAGGCCAAAAAGUGGAAUACUUCCUGACUGGAGCGGGCGCCGACAAACCUCCGUACAAUUUGUUUGUGGUCGACCACGACACGGGCUAUGUGACGAUCAGAGGUGUGCUGGACCGAGAGAAGACCCCAUCCUACAACCUCACAGGACUGGCUAAGUUUUUGAACGGCUCCAAGGCAGAGGACGACAUUCCACUCACAGUCAUAGUUCUGGAUGAAAACGACAACGCUCCGUACUUUGAGCUGCAAACAGGAAGCGUUCCAGAAUCAAGUGCACCGGGGACGGUGGUCAUGACGAUCCAGGGAAAAGAUGAUGAUGACCCCAACACCAUAAACUCAAAGCUGCAUUACUCCAUCGUGAGCCAGGAGCCCGCGGGGGAGCACAUGUUCACCAUCGAUGCCAACACGGGAGAGCUGAAAGUGAAAGAGCGCACACUGGACAGAGAGAUGCACGACUUUUACAAGCUGGUGAUCGAGGGCAAAGACAUGGCCGGAGGUCCAGGGUGUCUCACGGGCACCGGCACCGUGGAGGUCCACAUCUCGGACAUCAACGACAACGUCCCCACUCUAGAGAAGGAUGCGUACGCAGGCUCAGUGGACGAGAACAUUUAUGAUGUGGUGGUGAUGAGGAUCAAAACUCAUGACAAGGACCUGGAGCCCACCGACAACUGGCGCGCGGUUUUCACUAUCACUAAAGGCAACGAGGACAACAUCUUUUCCAUAGAAACUGACAAUGUAACCAACGAAGGAAUCCUGAAACUUAUCAAGCCUAUAGAUUUCGAAGAGGUUCAGACCUUGGAUUUGGACCUGCUGAUCGAGAAUGUGGCUCCAUUUGUGGUGGGAAGUGCGGUGGUGAUGGACGUGGACGUUCAGGUGGGGGAGGGGGUAGGAGGGGGAGUCGCAGGGGGCGGACUCGACAUGGAUAUGGGCAUGGGGGUCAAUAUGAACGCUGGCUUGGGCGCUGGCUUGGGCAUUGACAUGGACGCAGACUUGGACGCAGACUUGGACGUAGACUUGGACGCAGACUUGGAUGCCAAUUUGGGGGGAGGACCUGAUGUCGGCGUGGGGAUAAAUGCAGGACUUAAGCCUGACCUAAGUCUUGGGCCAGGGGGAGGACCAGGUAUCGGAGUAGGCAUUGGGGGUGGACUCAACCCUGAUGGCCAUUUGGGACCACAGGGACCUGGCAAGAAACCAAGGCCUAAGAAAAAAAAACCUAAGAAAAAGAGACCGAGUUACCCCAUCCACAUUGCAGUGAACAAUUUGCCAGAGGGAUCAGAGUUUGUGCCGGGGACCAAAGACGUGCCAAUUUCGGAGGAUCCUGACAAAAACCUGGACGAUGUCAUCACCACGUACACUGCAAUCGAUCCUGACACUGGAAAGAUAGCGGAUGAUGUCACGUAA